AGCGGCAAAAGACUGGACCACACACCACAACCCACAAGCAAGAGUAGGUAGAGCGAGACCACAGUGGCGAGGAGAGAUAGGAUGGCGUCAGAGAUGAGCAAGGACGUGAAUUUCUCUGAGGAAGAAGUCACCUCGCACCCGCGCGUUCCAGAAGGUGAGGAGCAGACGGUUGCACCGGCACGGCAGUCUUCCAUCUUUGCGCCAACGUUGGACGAGCUACAAUACUCUAUGUGCGAGGCAAGGCGCAACUUUGGGUCCAUGAACAUGGACGAGUUCAUGAGCAACAUAUGGAAUGCCAAGGAGUUCCAAGCAGCGACCGGUGGUGUCUUGGUGGGCAUGGAGGUGGCUCCGGUGGUGGGUGUUGAUGGAGGCCGAGGUGGUGAAGAUGCAGGAGGAAGCAACCUAGCCCGGCAGGAGUCGUUCUCCUUGCCUCCCCCGCUAUGCCGAAAGAUGGUGGAGGAGGUGUGGGCUGAGAUCAACAGGGAGACCCGCCCGGUGCAUUCCCAGCCUCAGUCCGCGCGGCCCUCGCCAUUGAUUCCUGUCGAACCACCGGCGAGGAAUGGUGGUGGGGUUGCGGCGAACGAACAGUGGGGGGCGCUUGGAGAGAUGACGCUAGAACAGUUUCUUGUCAAGGUUGGUGUGGUCCGGGGAUCUGGCACCGGCGGCCAGGCGCCUGUGGCGGUCGGCAUGGUCCAUGGACAGAUGAACCCUACCCCGGCCAACGACAUGUUCCAGGUGAUGGGUGAUGGCAUGGUGUUCAUCCCCAACGGGUACGCAGGGAUGGUCGUGGUGCCGCCACCACCACCUCCUCAAGGUGGGGUGGGUAUCGUGAGCCCAGGGUCGCCGUAUGGGAGGAGCACCAUGACGGAGGUUGACAUGAUGAACUGUAUGGGCGACAGAGCGAUGAUGGAGAACAGCGGCGCGCGGAAGCGCGGCACUCCGGAGGAUCAGUCCUGUGAGAGGAGCAUCGAGCGCCGCCACCACCGCAUGAUCAAGAACCGUGAGUCAGCCACACAAUCGCGUGGCUGGAAGCAGGCUUAUACCAAGGAGCUUGAAGCCGAACUAAACCACCUCAAGGAGGAGAACUCUCAUCUGAAAGCUGAGGAGAAGACGAUUUUGCUGACCAAGAAACAAAUGCUAGUGGAGAAGGUGAUGGAGCAGUCCAAGGAAAAUGUGAACACCAAGAAGGGUGGCGCCCUGUCGCGGCGCUGCGGUAGCUGCAUCUAGUGAUAGGUGACCCACCAUUCAGCUUCCAUAGUCCUGCUGGCAGGAGGAUGAGAAUGAAUAAUGGUUACCUUUCCUUUCUAGAGCGGGGUGGUAUCGUAAUUUACUAGUAGUACCUAAAACCCAUAAGAACCCAAAUGUCUGUGUUUUUCUGGUCAAGCAAGUGAACUUAUGUUGUUGUUACUGUUUAUAGGUAUAUAGGUUUGUCAGAAACUUCAGGCCAAUGGAACAAAGGAAAGUUAGCAAUAUGUUUAUGUGUACUAGAACUUUAAUAUGAUGUGAUGCAAUGU